AUGGCCUGGACCCUGCUGUUGCCCCUGCUCACACUCUGCACAGGUCCUGUGGCCUCUUCAGAAGUGACUCAGCCCCCAGCAGUGUCUGUGGCUCUGGGACAGACAGCCAGGAUCACCUGCCAGGGAGAACUCGUAAAAAAAUAUUAUGCAAGCUGGUACCAGCAGAAGCCCGGCCAGGCCCCCAUGCUCGUCAUCCAUGCUGAGAAAAACAGGACCUCAACGAUCCCUGAGCGAUUCUCUGGCUCUGACUCAGGGGACACGAACACCCUGAUCAUCAGCAGGGCCCAGGCCCAGGACGAGGCCGACUAUUACUGUUUAGAGUGGGAUGACAGUGCUAAAGCUCACAGUCUCUGUGGUCCUCUUGUGCUCACCCAGCCCCCAUCUGCCUCUGCCGCCCCGGGGGCCUCGGCCAAGCUCACCUGCACCCUGAGCCAGGAGCACAGCAGCUUCAGUGUUCGCUGGUAUCAGCAGAGAGCAGGACAGGCCCCUCGGUUCCUCAUGCGACUUUACAGCAACGGGACCCACACCAAGGGGGACGGGAUCCCCGAUCGCUUCUCGGGCUCCAGCUCUGGGGCCGACCGCUACUUGACCAUCUCCCCCCUCCAGUCUGAGGACGAGGCGGACUAUUACUGUCAGUCUCCCCGCACAUCUGAGCUCAUGAAGCCCCGGAUCUUGGCAGCCUGGGUUCCGAACAACCAAACCGGAGCUGUGGGCACCGAGGAGUCCACCCGGGUCCCUGCUCAGGGCUGA